GCGAUGGAGGUCCUCAAGUCGCCGUCUGAGGUGCUGGAGACCGGCACCGGCAAGGACGGCUUGCUGCUUUCGGCGCGGCGGGACAUCUGCAAGGCAUCCCGGUGCUUAUCCGAAGCCAUGGCCCGCAUGGAGGCAACCGAGCUCCUGGUGCUGCGAGCCUGCGCGACGGAGCCGACGGAGCCGGUGGCCAGCAUCCAGCUCCUCCACGACAUCGACGAGGGCACCAAGUACGGCGAGUGGCUCGCUCUGGUCAGGCUCGAGGGCGCCAGGGAGCACGGCCAGGACGCGCUCCGCUGCCUCGACGACUGCACCGGCCGCCUCUGGACGCUCGCGCUCAUGCUUGACGGCCUCCCUGGUGCUCCGCGUCCUGCCCCGCACGCGCGCCGCUCCAUUGAAGAGCAGGUCGACGCCGUCGCCGAGAAGCUCCCAGUCGCGUAUGGCAACACCUUCAAUAUGAUCUCGCUUAUUGGCUUCGCCACCGAGCCUGCUCUCGCCCUCGCCCGCAUCCCCAUCCCCAUCCCCGUCCAGUGAUCCACGACGUACAGCCAGUCAGGUCCAUCUGAAUUCCUUCCGCUCCCUUCCCUCUGCAGCAGCAGCAGUCUCUCUUAAUCGCCCGUUGUUGGCCAGGUCUCUUGAUUUGAUUGCGUCCGUCCAAUUCCAACUCCUGUGUGUGUUGUUUCUCUUGUUUCUUGCAAGGAUUAAUUGCUUUAGAUGCUACGUACUAGUACAGAUCAAUUCGUGGAUGUUUGCUGUUAAUCACCUGGAAUCCUUGUAUAUGAACGAUGCGAUGUGAUGCAGCAAUUCGACCCGAUUUAAUUUGUGCAUGCAUAAUGCUUUCGUUUUU